AGUACGUGACCCUUUCACUUCGCAUGCAUCUGCUGUGCUUGCAUUCCCUACAAAUCCUGUAGCGCUCACUGAGGAUCCUCUGAAUGCUCACUCAAUCUUCCAGUUGCCUGCUGAAUCUCUGAGACUUACAUGAUGAGACACUGUCGCUUCCUGAGACUCAUCCUGCUGACGGCUUUGGUGAUCUUUUCAUCAUUGAAGACAUUAAACUCAGUGGAGGAGCUGGAGAAGACCCAUUUUGGCACACCACCCCCUAGACACGGUCUUGUGCUGCUCGUGUGGUAUGUGAAUAAUUGCAUUGACAACAACAUGGUGGCUCUCUGUGACCCCACAGAAGGAGCUUAUGGCUUCCACGAAUUCAAGAAUAGAGGGCCAAGCACCCUGCUCCCAAAGCUGAAGGAUAAGAUGUAUGGCUACUUCACCUUAGGAAACCUUCAUUACAAACAUGCCACUGACCUGCCCUAUGAAGUCAGGAAAUAUUACAAUCCACAUGAUCUAAAGAGUAACAUGGACAGAGUGAUUGUCAAGUAUAACAAAAACAAGAACACAAUUGAGGAGGUGUACAUAUCAGAGCACUAUAAGAAGUCAAAGACGUAUCUUCUUGGUCCAAAACUCAUUGAAGAAUUAAGACAACAGGCAGCUUUUCGUAUUGUUCCUGAAGCCUUUAGCGAGAUGAACAUUUAAAAUAAAGUUUGGCAUUUAUUGUUAUGAGAAAAUGAUUUCUAUUGAUUCUAUUGAUUGUAUUUGCUACUUAACUUCCUGAGUAACACUUUAUUUAUAGGUUACUUACAUAGGGACUUUGUAGCACAUGCAUAAUCAUUAACAUUGUAUGACGUACUUGUAAAACAAUACUUGAAUAUUGAUAAAGACAGUUUGUGUUAUUAAGUAAAUUACAUUGUUUUGGCAUGAAGGCCCUGAAGCUAUGAAAGAUUUUGAUACCCUUGAACGUAUCAUUUUCAUACAUAAUUAUUCAAAUAUACAUAUAUGCACAUAUGAAUAUACAUAUGCGUGCACACACAAACAUUCUGUACAUUUAUAAAAAAUCUUUAAAAACAACAUUACUCAGAUAAAUAUAAAAUUUCCUUGUCUGUAUUUCUACAAGAGAAGGAAAAAAAUAAUUUGCUUGCUUGUAAAUGUACUUAAGCUUCAAAAAUAAAGUCCUUCGAGCUUCCACAAUUAUAUAUUUUUCCGGUUCCAGUAGUCUCUAAUGAUGCCUCAUCACAGUAUAAAUAAUAAGAUGCUUAUGCAUGUGUUUUGUAGUCCCUGUGAAGGUUUGUCUUUAGAUAAAGUAAUACACUGUCCUGUAAAACUGCUGCCCAGACUGACAUAAGCUGUUAGUUUCUGUUUACCGUGAUUGUGUCUGAGCCAACUUUCAGUUCUCAACAUCACAUCUGUUUUCCCAUAUUUAGCCACUUCCCUUUUUCACUCUUUCUAUGUGGCCACCCUAACUGAACGUUCAUCCUGCUGAUCACAGGCAGCUGAACACUUCAGGGCUAAAGGUGGAAGCUUUUCUGCAUUUCUCCAGUUUUACAAAUGCUGUUGCAUUUCCCAUGACGGGUGUUCCACCUCAAUUGUUCCAGUCAAUCAUCAACCCAUUAUGGUGGUAAUUAUAAUGAUGUUUAAGUUCGGAAUGAAAGCUGCUCUCGGAAACAAGAAUAAAAAUUCUAACAUAUUUGCCAAGAAAGCAAAUUAGCUUGUGCCAUAUGUGCAGAAGUCACAUGAGAAAAAUAUACAACAAUGUAUAGGAAUAAUACUUAGUAAUGGGUGACAAAUAUACUCUAAACAAUAUAUAAUGCAGCGAAUUGCCAUUUGUGUUUUGAAGAAAAGGCUUUGCUUCAACAGCCAGCCCUUCAUAUUAUCAAAAUAUAAAUUAUUAGGUCAAGUACUGGGUUACAAUAGCACAGAAGGUGCAAAACCUGCAUAGUUCAUUCCAGAUAAAAGGCAGAACAAAGGAUCUUGCUUGUAAAUAGAGUGCAACUGAUUGUAUAAUAUGAUAUUGUAUAAUAUAAAACAACAAUUAUAUGUGAAUAAGGGGUCACUUGUAACAAACGGGCCUAUUAGAAACGCUUUCAAGCUGGCAGGACUCAGGUACACAAUGUAAAUUACAACAGUCAAAGGCUGAUAGAAAUCUUUAGCAUAUGGCACAUUAUAAUGAACUUGUUUAGAUUUAUGUUGAGGUAGAAAGCAAAUCACUUUUAAUCAUGUGACUAACAGAGUGUUUGUAUUUCCUCUUUGGUGAAGUUAUUCUGUGGUUAACAGUAAUCUAAGUAAUGAGUAUGGUUGGUGAAGAUGUAUUGCUAUAAUGUUGUUAAAGAGCUAUUUGUGUGGUAAAAGAUCUGCAGUCAAUAAAGAGGACAACUUAUUGUGGUGUCAGAGCUGUGA